AUGUACAAAGUAAAGAUCCAUGAUGUUACCAAAGAGGAUGAAAGGAGUGAGAAACUUGAUGAUGUCACUAAAUAUGAACAGAAAAAAGAGAAAAUUAAUGUUGAUAUAAAAGAAAGCGAAAGUUAUACUCAAAUUCAUGGUGAGAGUAAAGAUGACGAAAGUGAUGAAAAAAUUGAUGAUGAUAAUACGAAAGGACAAAUUAAGCAGAAAAUUGAUGAUGUUACGAAAGAUGUUCAAAAUUCAGUAAAGAUCCAUGAUGUUACCAAAGAGGAUGAAAGGAGUGAGAAACAUGAUGAUGUCACUAAAUAUACCAAAGAAAAAAUUAAGCAGAAAAUUGAUGAUGUUACGAAAGAUGUUCAAAAUGCAGUAAAGAUCCAUGAUGUUACCAAAGAGGAUGAAAGGAGUGAGAAACAUGAUGAUGUCACUAAAUAUACCAAAGAACAAAUUAAGCAGAAAAUUGAUGAUGUUACGAAAGAUGUUCAAAAUACAGUAAAGAUCCGUGAUGUUGCCAAAGAGGAUGAAAGGAGUGAGAAACUUGAUGAUGUCACUAAAUAUGAACAGAAAAAAGAGAAAAUUAAUGUUGAUAUAAAAGAAAUCGAAAGUCAUACACAAAUUCAUGGUGAGAGUAAAGAUGACGAAAGUGAUGAAAAAAUUGAUGACGAUAAUACCAAAGGACAAAUUAAACAGAAAAUUGAUGAUGUUACGAAAGAUGUUCAAAAUACAGUAAAGAUCCAUGAUGUUACCAAAGAGGAUGAAAGGAGUGAGAAACAUGAUGAUGUCACUAAAUAUACCAAAGAACAAAUUAAGCAGAAAAUUGAUGAUGUUACGAAAGAUGUUCAAAAUACAGUAAAGAUCCGUGAUGUUGCCAAAGAGGAUGAAAGGAGUGAGGAACUAGAUGAUGUCACUAAAUAUGAACAGAAAAAAGAGAAAAUUAAUGUUGAUAUAAAAGAAAGCGAAAGUUAUACACAAAUUCAUGGUGAGAGUAAAGAUGACGAAAGUGAUGAAAAAAUUGAUGAUGAUAAUACCAAAGAACAAAUUAAGCAGAAAAUUGAUGAUGUUACGAAAGAUGUUCAAAAUACAGUAAAGAUCCAUGAUGUUACCAAAGAGGAUGAAAGGAGUGAGAAACAUGAUGAUGUCACUAAAUAUACCAAAGAACAAAUUAAGCAGAAAAUUGAUGAUGUUACGAAAGAUGUUCAAAAUACAGUAAAGAACCGUGAUGUUGCCAAAGAGGAUGAAAGGAGUGAGAAACUAGAUGAUGUCACUAAAUAUGAACAGAAAAAAGAGAAAAUUAAUGUUGAUAUAAAAGAAAGCGAAAGUUAUACACAAAUUCAUGGUGAGAGUAAAGAUGACGAAAGUGAUGAAAAAAUUGAUGAUGAUAAUACCAAAGGACAAAUUAAGCAGAAAAUUGAUGAUGUUACGAAAGAUGUUCAAAAUACAGUAAAGAUCCAUGAUGUUACCAAAGAGGAUGAAAGGAGUAAGAAACAUGAUGAUGUCACUAAAUAUACCAAAGAACAAAUUAAGCAGAAAAUUGAUGAUGUUACGAAAGAUGUUCAAAAUACAGUAAAGAUCCAUGAUGUUACCAAAGAGGAUGAAAGGAGUGAGAAAUUUGAUGAUGUCACUAAAUAUGAACAGAAAAAAGAGAAAAUUAAUGUUGAUAUAAAAGAAAGCGAAAGUCAUACACAAAUUCAUGGUGAGAGUAAAGAUGACGAAAGUGAUGAAAAAAUUGAUGACGAUAAUACCAAAGGACAAAUUAAGCAGAAAAUUGAUGAUGUUACGAAAGAUGUUCAAAAUACAGUAAAGAUCCAUGAUGUUACCAAAGAGGAUGAAAGGAGUGAGAAACAUGAUGAUGUCACUAAAUAUACCAAAGAACAAAUUAAGCAGAAAAUUGAUGAUGUUACGAAAGAUGUUCAAAAUACAGUAAAGAUCCAUGAUGUUACCAAAGAGGAUGAAAGGAGUGAGAAACUUGAUGAUGUCACUAAAUAUGAACAGAAAAAAGAGAAAAUUAAUGUUGAUAUAAAAGAAAGCGAAAGUCAUACACAAAUUCAUGGUGAGAGUAAAGAUGACGAAAGUGACGAAAAAAUUGAUGAUGAUAAUACCAAAGAACAAAUUAAGCAGAAAAUUGAUGAUGUUACGAAAGAUGUUCAAAAUACAGUAAAGAUCCAUGAUGUUACCAAAGAGGAUGAAAGGAGUGAGAAACUUGAUGAUGUCACUAAAUAUGAACAGAAAAAAGAGAAAAAAUUAAUGUUGAUAUAA